GUUUUGUAACGCGUUCACAGUGCGUUCAUUCAGCGCUGAAUUUACUUGAUUUAUAGUUGUUAUUUACCUUAAAAUAUGAUCAGAGGCGUGAAACGGGAGAGGGAUUUUGAUGAAGACGAAGAGAAAGAAGUGCGUGUGAAAGUGGGUCGCGGUUAUGUUGAAGAUCGCAGAAGCCGCCAUUGUCCAUAUCUGGACACAAUCAACAGGAGUGUUUUGGAUUUUGACUUUGAGAAGCUUUGUUCAAUCUCUCUCUCACACAUUAAUGUCUACGCCUGUCUGAUCUGUGGGAAAUAUUUCCAGGGUCGAGGUCAGAAGUCUCACGCGUACAUCCACAGUGUUCAGGUCGCACACCAUGUUUUCCUCAAUCUCCACACGUUAAAGUUCUACUGCCUGCCAGACAACUACGAAAUCAUUGACUCCUCAUUGGAGGACAUUACAUAUGUGCUGAAACCCACGUUCACCAAACAGCACAUCUCCGGAUUGGAUAAGCAGGGAAAGCUGUACAGAGCCUAUGACGGCACUACUUACCUGCCGGGAAUUGUGGGUCUCAAUAAUAUUAAGGCUAAUGACUACGCUAAUGUAGUAUUGCAGGCGCUGUCGAACGUGCCACCUUUACGAAAUUACUUUCUCGAGGAGGAAAACUACCGUGGCAUUCGCCGUCCACCAGGGGACAUCAUGUUUCUGCUGGUGCAGCGGUUCGGGGAGCUUAUGCGCAAACUCUGGAACCCGCGAAACUUUAAAGCCCACGUGUCACCGCAUGAGAUGCUGCAGGCCGUGGUGUUAUGCAGUAAAAAGACCUUUCAGAUCACUAAACAAGGUGACGCUGUGGACUUUCUCUCCUGGUUCCUGAAUGCAUUGCAUGGUGCUCUUGGUGGAACAAAGAAGAAAUCCUCCAUCAUCACCAAGGCAUUUCAGGGGUCCAUGCGAAUCUUCUCAAAGAAACUUCCCCAUCCAGACUUGCCUCCAGAGGAGAAAGAAGCUCUUCUGCUGAAGGAGGAGUAUCAGGAGGAGAUGUCGGAGUCCACCUUCCUCUACCUGACCCUGGAUCUGCCCACCGCACCACUUUACAAAGAUGAGAAGGAGCAGCUCAUCAUUCCUCAGGUCCCGCUCUUCAACAUCCUGGGAAAGUUCAAUGGGAACACAGAGAAGGAGUACAAGACGUACAAAGAGAACUUUCUGAAAAGGUUCCAGCUCACCAAGCUUCCUCCGUACCUCAUCUUCUGCAUCAAGCGAUUCACCAAGAACAACUUCUUCGUGGAGAAGAACCCAACUAUCGUCAACUUCCCCAUCACGAAUGUUGACCUGCGCGAGUAUCUGACAGAAGAGGCUCAGGUCACAGAGAAAAACACCACCUAUGACCUGGUGGCCAACGUCGUCCAUGAUGGAAAACCCACUGAAGGCUCCUACAGGAUCCAUGUUCUUCAUCACGGCACAGGGAAAUGGUAUGAGCUUCAGGACCUGCAGGUGAUUGAUAUUCUUCCCCAGAUGAUCACGCUCUCAGAGGCCUACAUACAGAUUUGGAAGAGACAAGAUAAGCAAGAUGGAGCAAAAAGCCACACAGGAGCAUAAGAGGACUGCAAAAACACAGCAUUGGAGAGACUAACAUGAAAGCAUCACUCGUGUUCAGAGGUGAAUCAAGCACACCACAUGUUUCAACAGUGAAGGACUGAGUAAAACACACAAUGAGAAAAGAGAAGAGAACCCUGUCAUGUUUCAUCAAACAUAACUCUGCUGAGGAAUGAAGGUGAAUAAAUCACAUUUCUGUAAUUUUAAGUCUGUUUGAUUGUGAUGUUGGGCAGUGUGUAGUGUGGGGUUGUAUUAUUAAAGUUUUCAAAACUA